AUGGUGACUGUGAGAUCAGUAACAGCUCUUGUAGUAUCAAAGUGUUGGCAUUUGUACCAGAUGGAUAUGUACAAUACAUUCUCUCAAGUGACCUUUGUGAAGAUGUCUACAUGGACGUGCCUAAAGGUUUUAGGAAACAGGAGUGCAGAAGAAGGCAUAGUGAUCAUUUUAGUUUAUGUCGAUGACUUGCUUAUCACAAAAAGCAUUGAUCAAUUGAUUAUUGAGGCAAAGCAGGUGUCGCACCAGAAGUUCAAACCGAAGGAUCUAGUGGCGCUAAGCCAACAAUCACUCUGGAUGAUGUACAAUGAUUUGCCUCUAGAUGAUGUUGGGAAGUCCAAGAAGCAGGAGACUGUGUCAAGAAACUUAACUGAAGCUGAGUAUAGAAGUAUGGCUUCAACUGUGGCAGUUGUCACCUGGUUACUGGGACUGUUUCAAGAACUGGGAGUUGCCAUCAAAACUUCAGUCUUGGUGUUAUGUGAUAGCAAAUCUGCCAUCCAAUUGGAUGUCAAUCCCAUUUUCCAUGAGCGCACAAAACACAUUGAGAUCGAUUUCCAUUUCAUCCGAGACAAAAUCAAAGCAAGGGUGAAACUUCCGUCAUUAAAGAAGCAUAGAGCUCCUCUGAAUAUGCUUAGUGAAGGUGCAAAUUUUAGCGUUUAUUAUGAUAUCAGAGUCAGGCUCGUCCCAAUUUAUCGUUAUUGA